AAGCAGUCCGAGCAGCUACCGAGGGGAGCGCUACUCUCCUCUACGCGGAAAGGCCAUACACUGGCGAGCCACCAGAGGCGCUGCUCUUCCCCAGAGCCUCGCAGCAAGGGCGUCACAUAGAAGCCGGCCGGGGUCGGGGGGCCGCCGCUUUCCCGACGAAGCCGACUGGACGGGCCAUGGGUUCGCCGGCGGUCGAGCUGGGUUUCGCGGAAGAGGCGGUGGAUGCUUGGCGGCUGCGUCGGGAGCAGUUCCCCUCCAAGGUCGGCGGGAGGCCGGCUUGGCUGGGCGAAAGCGGCCUGCCCGGCCCAUCCGAGCUGCGGUGCGGCGUUUGCGGACAGUCUUGCGCCUUCCUCCUGCAGCUCUACGCCCCUUUGCCCGACCGACCGGACGCCUUUCACAGAGGCCUCUUCCUCUUCGCCUGCCGCCAGCCCGCCUGCUACCGCCCCGCCGGCCCCGCCCCGGGCAGUCUGAGAGUUUUCAGGAAUCAGUUACCAAGGAAGAAUGACAUUUAUUCUUUUGAGCCUCCUCCUGAAGAGCCAACCCUGGAGGAGGUGCCGGGUGCAAUUCUGCAACUGAAAUGUGGGGCAAAACUGUGCAAAGUCUGUGGUUGUUUGGGUCCCAAAGUGUGCUCUAAAUGUCACAAAGCUUAUUACUGUAGCAAAGACCACCAGGUUAGGGAUUGGAAAGCAGGACACAAACUGUCUUGUGCAAAGGCAGAUCAGGUGGAUAUUGCUAUACCAGAUCAUAAAUUUCUUUUCCCUGAGUAUGAAAUUGUAAUAGAGCCUGAGGAAAUGGAACCCUCCAGCGUUGGUGAAACAGAACAGAAAGAUCUAGACAAAAAUAAAGAUCCGACAUGUGCAGAUAGUACACAGGAAGCAGUUGAAUUCCUAGACGAAAACGUGUUAGAGGCAAUGGCAAAGCAUGAAACUGAAGAAGACAAGAUUUUUCAAAAGUUUAAAGAAAGAACAUCUUUGGAACCAGAACAGAUUAUCAGAUAUUGCAGAGAUAGAGAAGGUCCCAUCUGGAUUUCAGGGGAAAAUAUUCCUCUUGAGACCAACAUCCCAAAUUGUGUGUGUGGCGCUAAAAGAGUAUUUGAAUUCCAGGUUAUGCCACAACUGCUGAACCAUCUAAAAGUUGACAGCCUCGGAGAAAGCAUUGACUGGGGAACUCUGGCUAUCUACACAUGCACUGAUAACUGUAAUUUGGGCAACCAGUAUACAGAAGAGUUCAUUUGGAAACAGGACAUAUCAAGCUCUGUUUAAUUUCUUCAAAACUCCAUUUCCACUGGAUCCUUUUAAAAGAAGUACAUUAAAACUCUUAUCAGAAGAAGCCUACAACUGUAUUAUUCUUGAACAUUUGCAUUAUAAUGGGAAUGUAAUGGGCAGAAUAAACAUACAUUUCCACUGUAGGGUGGGUAGCAGAUUGCCCAAUGGCUGUAAAAGCAGACCUUCAUGCUUCAAUAAAAUACUGUCAAGGUGAGAUUAGCAUAGUUACAGCAGAUUCAUGGUUUGGAAAAAUUGUACCUGACCCGUUUUCUGCAUAGCUAGAAGUUAGCUUUUCGUACAACUGAUACAGCAUAAAAAUUAUUUCAGGUUUUACAACUGUGAACUUUUACCUAGCUUGUACCUUGUGCAGAUCUGGGAACUAAAAAAUGCUUUAAUUCAAGUGGCUUAGGAAUGCAGUAGCAGAAUCGAGUUGUUUGAUUUCAGUUACUACUACAGUAGUAAAACUUUGCUAUUCUGCUUGGUCAGCUGUAGUCCUAAACUGCAGCCAGAAUAGCAUGUCAGCUAUAACACCAGUCACUAAACCUUUGCCACAAAUGUAUUUUGUCUAGAAACCCAAUAGUUAAAGUAACAGGAAUAUACUGUCUUAAGAGCUGGAGGAUUUCUAUGGUCCCACAUCAGCAAAAUACUACAUGUAUACCCAUAUUCAAGAAAGUGGUUCAUGUUUCUGUGAAUGCAGUGUGUCUGUUCUUAACUACUAAUAGGGGACAGGAGAUGCUCACAAUGUCAAUUAAAAUAGACUUCACUGGUUUAAUUUCCACCUUAUCCUUAUAUUAUAAAGCCGAUUUGGGGUGGCUUCUGUCCUAUGGGGUGGCGAGAUUCC